CACACAGGAGACCUGCAGCAGCUUCAAGAAAGUGAUGAUCAUGAGGGUGCUGGUGAGUUUAGUACCCUUCGUCCUUAUGGUGUGGAGUGGACAAGAGACAACGGCACUUCCUAUAGAGGAUAACCUAGGAUUGCAGCGCAACCGGGAGUUGGCUGUGGACCAGAGGGACCUGUUGAAGAUGUUGUCGGGGAUGAAUGAGCUGACGUCAGAGUAUAUGUAUCCUGAUCAGCAGCUCCACAGAGAGCUGCAGGAGCGAUCUUUCAGAGCUCAAGUCCCUCCCAGAGAGAGAUCCCCCUGUAAGAACUUCUUCUGGAAGACCUUCUCGUCCUGCUAGCGAUGGCACUGGCAGACAGCUGUUGACAGUCACAGUUCACACCCUGGCCUCCUAGCUGCAUUGCAUGAGCAAUCCUCAUUGUCUGAGCAAUCCUCAAUGACUAUGAAUAAACUGCAACUAAAGAAAACGAAUUCUGAUUGAUGACUGUGUGACACAGUACCUCUGCCUAUAAUGUAUGUCUCCUAGAAUGUAGGGUAGGCAAGUGGUAUUAUCUUACUAUUGCAGGGGUCUUUCUUUAUGCUUUUCAGGGAAUGUUUGAGGUGUAGAAUUACAAUUCCUUGCUAUUAACUUUUUACAUGGAUUGAACAUGGUUUAUUGUUACUGUAUCAGCAAAAGACAACACUACGAAGCCUUCAUACUGUCAUUACUAUUAACACCAACUAAAUUACACUUAGAAAAGGCUGUAGCCUAGAUAAUUGUUUACCUCACAUUUUGGCUUCUUACCCUGCCUAUAUAUGGUUCAUUUGCAUUUCUUAACUCAUGAAACCACACUAUCCUUAGUUUUACGCUAACAAUAUUUUGCUCAUGGUGUGCUCCUUUCUGUCCCAUAAUUCUGUCCUUUUACCACACCUGUUUGACUCAAAAGCAGUCAGAGGCUAAAUAAACCGCUUCAAACAAUGGACAAAAUUCAUGCAUGUGAUCUAACAGACCACUAGCAAAGAGGUCAAGUUUGAAUGUCUACUGAAUCACACCAUAGUAUCUUGUUUAUCCUACAGCCUAUCCAAUGGAUGGCCACUAAUUAUUUAAUAGAUGUCCAUGCAGAAAAGGAUACAUCUUAAUUUCAAUAACCUCAUACCUCCAGAACUCAUAUUUAGCCUGAAAUCAUCAUCCCUGAGAUCAGUUAGAAGAUUGAAUCCAACAUGUCAUGUCAGCAGCAUGACAAUCAAUCCCAGCAUACAACCCACUAGACUAGUCCACCAGCUCUGGCGAGUUUAAAUGGAACGUAAUUCAUGUUUUAUGCACUUUUCUCUCUAUGCAUAUUCUGACCCCGAAUUUAAGCAUGAUAAUAGCAUGCUAUUCGUUUGGGGUGGAGAUUAAAGAAAUGAA